GAUGACGCGGGGCGCUGGAGAACGCGUCUCUUGGAGAUGUUGCUGCAACGACCAAUAUUAGCUGGACACUUUUACUUGCGAUCGAGUCCUCUUCGUCACGGCCUCUUUUCUCUCAGUAUACCACCCUCGUCGUACCCUCUAGGGUUGCGGCAUUGUGCUACCGGGAAUCCAUCGCCAGGGGAUCCCUCCGCGAUCCUACAUCACCAUGACUCGCUUGUUAACCGACCGACAAGCCGAUGAGCUUCACAAGGCGAUGAUAGCGUACCUCAUAGCGAACAACCUCCCCGACACCGCAGCCGCACUGAGAAAGGAGGUGAAUUUCGGGGAAGAUGUUUUCGGCGCAACCACGGCGAAGAAAUACGAAGGAAUGCUGGAGAAAAAAUGGACGAGCAUCGUGCGCCUACAGAAGAAGAUCACAGAACUGGAAGGAAGAAAUACCGAACUGCAAUCCGAACUUGAAAACACCACGCCGGCCUCUCGUUUAAAACGCAACCAAGAUCCGGCCUCAUGGCUUCCCAGCACCACUCGCUAUUCCCUAGAGUCGCAUCGGGAUAAGAUCAAUUGCAUCGCGUUCCACCCGACGUUCACCUCAAUUGCCUCCGGCUCCGACGAUUGCAUGGUCAAAAUAUGGGACUGGGAACUGGGGGAACUUGAGCGAACACUCAAAGGCCAUACAAGAGCAGUCCGGGACAUUGACUAUGGUGGUCCGCCCAAUGAUGUCCUCCUCGCCUCCUGCAGCUCCGACCUGUCGAUCAAGUUAUGGAAGCCGACGGACGAUUACAAAAACAUCCGCACACUGCAGGGCCACGACCAUAUUGUCAGCGCGGUCCGGUUCAUGCCAGGGGGGAACUUGCUUAUCAGCGCAAGCAGAGACACAGACAUCAGAGUCUGGGACGUCACGACAGGAUACUGCGUCAAGACGAUAAACGGUCACAGUGGCUGGGUGCGGGACAUCUCGAUUUCGCUUGAUGGGAAAUUCCUCCUCUCUUCGGGACAUGAUAUGACCGCUCGCCUGUGGGAUAUUUCUACCAUCUCGAAUCCAGAACUCAAGCGGACCUAUGUUGGCCACGAGAACUUCAACGAAUGCUGUGCUCUUGCCCCGCCGACCUCGUACCAGUACCUUGCUCCCCUCGCCGGUUUGCCAAAGCGCGCUUCCCCGGGCGGCGCGGACUUUUUGGCAACGGGAUCGCGCGACAACACGAUCAAGCUCUGGGAUGCUCGUGGGACAUGUCUGGCAACGUUAGUCGGCCAUGACAGUUGGGUCCAGGGUCUCGUUUUCCACCCGGCCGGAAAAUUCCUCCUUUCGGUAUCAGAUGACAAGAACUUGAAAUGCUGGGACCUGAGCCAACAGGGGAGGUGUGUCAAAACGAUCAAUGCCCACGACGGGUUCGUGACCUGUCUGCGAUGGGCUCCGGGGGUCUCGAAGAAGGUGACCGGCGCAGAAGGCGGGUCGGCAGAGGGUGAGGAACAAAAAGUCGACAUCCGCUGCGUUGUCGCGACAGGGGGCUGGGAUCAAAAGCUGAAGAUAUUUGCGGGUUGACAGGGGACACUAGAGAGGACACUUACUUCCAUCGCGCAUGGGGCUUUCUCGAAACGUUUGCGAUAAGACACCUCUACAGCGCGGUACUACGAAUUCUCCGAUCUGAGAGGCCAAUCCCCCUUACCCACCAAUUGAGUCCUGGUGAUUGGGUUCAGGUUUGUAUGGCCGCGCGAAACAGAACGCACAAGGGCAACGACAACACUGGAGUACCCUUGGGCUCUUCUUCCCAGCCAACCUGCGCAGCGAUCGAUAUGUGGCUACGAUAUAGAAUAAUGCAAUAAUGCAGUGUUAAUUCAACGUGUAGGCGUCUUACGUCCUU